AUGGUAUGUGACAUUUUCGAUAAGAAAGACAAAGUUAGUAUUACUGGUGAUUUUGAUCAAUGGUGUCACAAAAAACAUUAUUUAUUUUAUACGCAAACGGCAAGUUCAAAUGGUAUUUAUGUUGUUAUAAUCCCAUUCAAUAUUAAUAGUAUUAGUGAUAAGGAUACAAUUUUUAAAUUCAAAUUUGUAGUGAAUGACCAUAAUUGGAUUACAUUACCCUUUUUCCCAAUAAGUAAAGAUGGAGUGAAUGGAUCCUGUGAAAAUAACUAUAUCACAUUACCUAUUAAACAAGGAGUGUAUAGACACGAUGAUAACAAUAAAGCCAAUAUAAUAAUAGGAGCUAUUGAAAAAAAUGUUAAGAUUCAAUUUAUUGAUGACAGUGGUUUAAAAAACGUUGAUGUUGGUGAUACUUUGCAGGAUUGUAUGUGUAAUUCUGUUUCUACUGAUAACACUUCAGAUAAUAAUCUGCAAGAGUAUAUUAGUGACUCUGCUUCUACUAGCAAUAAGUCCUCAUAUGCUGACAAGGAUGCUAAUGACAACCACAAUUAUAUUGCAAGUAGUCAAUAUUUUAACGAAGAUGUCUUUAUUCAAGUUAUAGGAUCUGACCGUGAAAGCGAUACUGACAAAAAAAGCGCGAGUAUUUAUCGUUUUGGAAGUAUCCAGGUUAAAGAUCACUCAGAAGUGGAUUUUAAGGAAUCUUAUGCCAAUAUUAUUAUAGAUACCGAUGAUAAUCUAGGAAAUGUUGUUGGUAAAGAAACACUAGAGUCUAUGUCUAAAUUGUCUAAGAAUAAGUCAUCAAAUUCAUACACCAUUCCAUUACAAUUAGAAAAUGGAGAGAUGGAAAGUAUCAAUAGUUCAUCAAUAAAAAGGAACUCCAGCAGUUCACUUUAUCAUUCCUCAUUGUUAUUUGGCUCGGAAAGCACAAAUAACAAUGCUACAAGGAAAAUCAAAUCUAUUAUUAGGAAUUUGUUUUGGAAGAAAUGA